CUGUGUUUUGGAUUAUGAUGUUGGAGAAGAAUUACGCUAAUGAGUGGGUGUGAAGCAACUACUACUAGGAGUGGCAGAACUCGUAAAUAAAAUCUGCAUCUCAGGUCAUUUUGGCGUAAGCCUUCGCAUAUAAGGUGACAGAGGAGGCGCUCUUCAUCCUGUGUUUUGCCAACUCAUCUCACAAAACUCAAGUAACCAAAUUCAAAUCAACCAUGGGAAGCUCCACGACCUUCCUCUGUGCCUUCUUCCUCGCCUGUGCGAUCCUCACCGUCCACGUCGCACAAUCCUCGCCGUCCAAUAUGGACUUCACCGGCGACCUCAGCUCCUUCUUCCUCCCUCUCAAGUCCGGUUGUCGCGGAUCCGUCGCGGAGUGCGGCCUCCUCGUCGGCGAAGACGACGACGCCGAGUUCCUGAUGGACUCCGAGACCAGCCGGCGCAUUCUCGCAGGAAGGAACUACAUAAGCUACGGUGCGCUGAGGAGGAACACCGUCCCUUGCUCGCGACGCGGCGCUUCCUAUUACAAUUGCCGGCCCGGCGCUCAGGCCAACCCCUACAGUCGCGGAUGCAGUGCCAUCACCCGAUGCAGGCGUUGAGAAAAAGAAAAGCUAUUAUUCUUCUCAUUUUAUUUUAAUUUUUAAUUUUUGUAAUUGAUGAAAAUGAUUGUUGUGAUAAUGUGAAGCAACCACAUAUAUACAAUUAGAGAAGAAAAAGAGAAGUAGACAUGAAUAAAAAUCUAAUCGCCGCCGCCGCCGCCGUGGUUUGUAUCUGUAUUGUAAUUUAAUUUAAUCUUAGGUACACAUAUUAUCAUUAUUAAUUAUUAAUAUUGGUUGCGAUUUGCGAUUUGAUGUGUGAAAAUUCUCAUCAUUAUUCAUAUAUUUUUUUUUCUUGUUCUUGUCAAUUUCGUCGGUGGGUUAGUCUGUGAGUAUGUGUUCCUUCUUGUCAUGUGGGAAAUGAAAAGAGAGAUUUAGGGGUGAUUGAUGGAUUUGACAGACAUAAUGGCAGUGUUUGGUUAAAUGUUUUCUUUUGAUUCUGGAAAAAAUAGAGAAAUUAUAUAAUGUUUUUUAA